UUCGAGACGCAGCAUCAGGAGGAAUGAUGGCCUCCCGUGUCCGUCCGGCUCCUGAGCUGCGGACCUUGGACCUUGCACCAGCUACAUCCUGACGGCUGUGCAAAUCCCCACAACGUGCCUGGCGCUCCAACACCAUUUUCCUCAUGAAAUUCAGUGAAGCGUAACUCAAAAAUAGAGCCAGCUGCUCCCGGGGAACAACUUCACCAACGAGUGCAACAUUCCGGGUAACUUCAUGUGCAGCAACGGGCGGUGCAUCCCGGGCGCCUGGCAGUGUGAUGGGCUGCCCGACUGCUUCGACAAGAGUGACGAGAAGGAGUGCCCCAAAGCUAAGUCAAAAUGCGGCCCGACGUUCUUCCCCUGUGCCAGCGGCAUCCACUGCAUUAUUGGCCGCUUCCGGUGUAAUGGCUUUGAGGACUGUCCCGACGGCAGCGACGAAGAGAACUGUACAGCAAACCCUCUGCUUUGCUCCACCGCCCGCUACCACUGCAAGAACGGUCUCUGUAUUGACAAGAGCUUCAUUUGCGAUGGGCAAAAUAACUGUCAAGACAACAGCGACGAGGAAAGCUGUGAAAGUUCUCAAGAACCAGGCAGCGGGCAGGUGUUCGUGACUUCGGAGAACCAGCUCGUGUACUACCCCAGCAUCACCUACGCCAUCAUUGGCAGUUCCGUCAUCUUCGUGCUGGUGGUGGCGCUGCUGGCGCUGGUCUUGCACCACCAGCGGAAGCGGAACAACCUCAUGACGCUGCCGGUGCACCGGCUGCAGCACCCGGUGCUGCUCUCCCGCCUGGUGGUCCUGGACCACCCCCACCACUGCAACGUCACGUACAACGUCAACAACGGCAUCCAGUAUGUGGCCAGCCAGGCCGAGCAGAACGCGUCGGAAGUGGGCUCCCCGCCCUCCUACUCAGAGGCCCUGCUGGACCAGAGACCCGCAUGGUACGACCUUCCUCCGCCACCCUACUCUUCCGACACCGAGUCACUGAACCAAGCCGACCUGCCCCCUUACCGCUCCCGCUCCGGAAGUGCCGACAGUGCCAGUUCGCAGGCAGCCAGCAGCCUUCUGAGCGUGGAAGACACCGGCCACAGCCCGGGGCAGCCUGGCCCUCAGGAGGGCCCCCCCGAGCCCAGGGACUCUGUGCCCAGCCAGGGCGCUGAAGAAGUUUAAAAUCCAGUUAUUCCAAAGUCCAUAUGGGUUAAUCUGCUCCGACUUGUUCCCAUCCUAACAACUUGCGCUCAUGGGACGCUCCUCAGGGUGCCUCAAGGAGUGACGUGGGGUGUCAGCUCUCUCUCCAUUCCCCUCCUCCCCCAGAUUUCAGGGAUGUUUUUUCAAGGGCAUCCUGGCAUUUUUCUGGCCUCUCAGUUGACAUGAUGUAUAUUGUGCAUCUUUUCUGAGCGGUUUCUCUUCCAUCGGGACCCAGGCUCACAGCGUGACUCUUUAGGUCAUUCUUCUGUUCCUGUUGGAAUCUUGCUGAGUAGGGGAUUUAAAGUGGGAUUUAAGCAGUCCUGGAGAAAGCCUUGUUUCUGUGCCGUGCUGGAUGUUCAGCAGGGCAGAAGACACUGGACCACAUUGUCAGUGGGCUGCCAUCUUACAGCUCUAUUUGGAGAUUUGGGUUGCAUGAUCCUACUAGGAGGCCCUCAUCAUUGGAUGGCCGCCCUGGAAAGAAGCCAGGCGAGCAUCAAAACCUCGCCCUACUUAUGAUCUUACCCGUUGCUCAGCGGAAGCAGUGGCCAAAGAAAACUUUUCACAUGAGUAAUACCCUUCAGUCAUCGAUCGGCAUUGUCAUUUUGGUUUUGUGAAUGACCCUGAAACUAUCUAUUCUGGAUAGCUUCUGGCUUUAAAAUUUUUCCCGAGAAUCCUCAUUUUGAGAGCUUUUCACCUGUAGCAAAUACAAUCAGCCUCAUCCCAGAAUAAGCAGGAAGUGCCUGCCAGGAGUUUAUCCAAGUUCUCAGCUCCUGAAAUGCAGGCUGCCAAGAGCCUAGGCCUGCUUUGGUGUAAGUCCCUUCCCUGGAUUCUGGAGUGUCGGCCUCCCAGCUGUGACCUGCCUGUAGCCAAGGGAUGGGCAGCCAACUGGAGUUGUCCUACCGUGUUUCCCCGAAAAUAAGACCGCGUCUUAUAUUAAUUUCUGCUCCAAAAGACACAUUAGGGCGUAUUUUCAGGGGGUGUCUUAUUUUUUUCAACAACAUACAUUUAUUUUUUCAA